AUGCGGAUAACAAACGUGAGACGCGGUAGAAUUAUUCGUAUAACCGCAAUUGCUGCGGUACUUUUAAUUUUAAUAUACGCUUUACAUUCUUAUUCAUAUGCAAACGUCGACGGUAAUUCUAACGAAAUUGUUAUAUCUGGAGAUAAACCCUCGUACUAUAAAUCUCACCGGGAUGUAUAUCCUAAAUUAGAAACCGAACUGGGCAAUUUUGAGCCUAAAACAAAACGGACAGUGAAAGGACCGGGAGAGGAAGGCUUGCCUUACCACAUGCCUCAAGAUCGUGCCAACGAUAUCGCCGAAUCUGAAAGUGAAUAUGGCAUGAAUAUAGCAGCUUCCGAUGACAUUGCAAUGAACAGAUCUAUACCAGAUACUCGUUUAGACGAGUGCAAGUACUGGCACUAUCCACACGACUUGCCCACCACAUCAGUUAUUAUAGUGUUUCAUAAUGAGGGCUUCUCAGUUCUCAUGAGAACUGUUCACACGGUGAUAGAACGUUCACCACCUCACUUGUUACAUGAAGUUGUUAUGGUCGACGACUUUUCUGACAAAGACAACUUAAAAGAAAAUUUAGACAACUAUAUAAAGAGAUGGCACGGUAAAGUACGUCUCAUAAGAAAUACUAGACGAGAGGGUCUAAUCCGUACUAGAUCUAGAGGCGCUAAAGAAGCCACAGGCGAUGUCAUAGUAUUUUUAGACGCUCAUUGUGAGGUCAACGUUAAUUGGUUACCUCCCCUUCUCGCGCCUAUUUAUAGGGACUAUAGAACCAUGACAGUACCGGUUAUUGAUGGCAUCGACCAUAGAACAUUCGAAUAUAGACCAGUUUAUCAGCACGGAACGAAUUAUAGGGGAAUUUUCGAAUGGGGUAUGCUUUACAAGGAAAAUGAGGUCCCAGAUAGAGAAGCCAGUCUCCAUAAACAUAAGUCAGAACCUUACAAGAGUCCAACACACGCUGGUGGACUCUUUGCCAUUAAUAGACGUUAUUUCCUAGAAAUCGGUGCUUACGAUCCUGGUCUUUUAGUUUGGGGUGGGGAAAACUUCGAAUUAAGUUUUAAGAUAUGGCAAUGUGGUGGUAGCAUUGAAUGGGUGCCUUGUUCAAGAGUUGGCCACGUAUACCGCGCUUUCAUGCCAUACUCUUUCGGUGAUUUGGCCAAAAACCGUAAAGGUUCCCUGAUAACAAUUAACUAUAAAAGAGUUAUAGAAACAUGGUUCGAUGAGGAACACAAAGAAUACUUCUAUACUAGAGAGCCCAUGGCGAGAUUUUUGGACAUGGGAGAUAUAAGUGAACAAGUGGCCUUGAAAGAGAAAUUGAAAUGCAAAGACUUUGGAUGGUUUAUGGAGAAUGUAGCUUAUGAUGUUUAUGAUAAGUUUCCUAAAUUACCUAAAAAUGUUCACUGGGGUAUGGUUAAAAACAAGGCUUCAGGCCAAUGCUUAGAUACUAUGGGAAAAGCGGCACCUGCGUAUAUUGGCACAACAACUUGUCACGGAGCGGGUAAUAAUCAACUAUUCAGACUGAAUGAAGCAGGUCAACUGGGUGUGGGCGAGAGAUGCGUGGAAGCAGAUAAGGAAAGCUUAAAACAAGCUAUUUGUAGACUCGGCACUGUUGACGGACCUUGGAGAUACGAUGAAAAACACAACCACCUAAUACAUCGCCUGCACAGCUACUGCCUCACAUUACAACCUAACACUAGAACUCUAGGUCUUGCGCCCUGUGACCCUAACAAUACAUUCCAACAGUGGACAAUUACGCAUAAAAAACCUACUUGGUGAGCCUAAAAAUAUGUAAAUCCUCAAAAAUAAUUAUAUUAUAUUUUUUCAC